CGAGGCCUUCUUGCCUAGGUUGUAAAGCUCUUUGGCUGAGAUGGGUGACAACGACGAGGACAAAGAACUGAAGCAGAAAUUAAGCUUUUCCUCUUGUGAGGAAGAGCAUGAGAACGAAGGACAGAAGGAAGCCCAGGAGAGCAAAGAGGCCCAGAGCCAAACCCCAGAGAAGUCUGGAGUUCAGGAUUCAGGAUGUGUCCAGGAGGCAGAGCUUACACCUCUCAGAACUCCCCUUAGUAACGUGCGUGACCUCAACACAUUUCAGGAAAAAGACCAAGCGAGUCCGGGUCAGGGUCUGAGGACUCCAGUGUCACACUCUCUCACACGUCCUGAAACCCCAGCCCCACCAGACAAGGGCAAGCCGCCAUGCUGCGAGAGCCCCUUCACUCCCAAAGGCCAGGUGAGCCAGCCGGUGAUCUCUUCAACAGGGAAGCUCCCCUCCCGAAGCUCUAAGCAUCUGAAGCUCACACCUAGUCCCUUCACCGAUGAGAUGACCUCACUCGCUCUGGUCAAUAUUAAUCCCUUCACUCCGGAGUCCUAUAGAAAACAAUUCCUUAAAUCCAAUGGCAAGCGGAAAACCCGAGGCGACCUUGAGGAAGCUGGUCCAGGAGAAGGCAAGGUAGAACAAGGGCUGCCUGCCAAGAGAUGUGUUCUACGAGAAACCAACAUGGCUUCCCGCUAUGAAAAAGAAUUCUUGGAGGUGGAAAAAAUCGGGGUUGGGGAAUUUGGUACAGUCUACAAGUGCAUUAAGAGGCUGGAUGGAUGUGUUUAUGCAAUAAAACGCUCCACGAAACCUUUGGUAGGAUCAUCAGAUGAGAAUUUGGCUAUGCAUGAAGUUUAUGCUCAUGCAGUGCUUGGGCAUCACCCCCAUGUGGUACGUUACUACUCUGCAUGGGCAGAAGAUGACCACAUGAUCAUUCAGAAUGAAUACUGCAAUGGUGGGAGCUUGCAAGCUGCUAUAUCUGAAAACACAAAGUCUGGCAAUCAUUUCCAAGAGUGCAAACUCAAAGACAUCCUUCUACAGAUUUCCCUUGGGCUUAAGUACAUCCACAGCUCUGGCAUGGUGCACCUGGACAUCAAACCUAGUAACAUCUUCAUAUGUCAUAAGAUGCAAAGUGACUCUCCAGUAGUCCCAGAAGAGAUUGAAAAUGAAGCUGAUUGGUUUCUCUCUGCCAAUGUGAUGUAUAAAAUUGGUGACUUGGGUCAUGUGACAUCAAUAAGCAAGCCCAAAGUGGAAGAGGGAGAUAGUCGCUUCCUGGCUAAUGAGAUUUUGCAAGAGAAUUAUCAGCACCUUCCUAAAGCAGACAUAUUUGCCUUGGGAUUGACCGUUGCACUGGCUGCGGGAGCAGAGUCAUUACCUACCAACGGUGCUGCGUGGCAUCACAUCCGAGAGGGGAACCUUCCAGAUAUGCCUCAGGAGCUCUCCAAAGAAUUUCACCAACUACUCAAGAACAUGAUCCACCCCGAUCCAGCAGAGAGACCUUCUGCAGCAGCUCUGGCCAAAAGUCGAGUUCUCUGUCCCUCCCUGGGGAAAACAGAAGAGCUUCAGCAGCAGUUGAACUUGGAAAAGUUCAAGACAGCCACACUGGAAAGGGAACUGAAAGAAGCCCAGCAGGCCCAGUCCCCCAAGGAAUGCCACAGUGUCCCUGGGGUCUCUGGGACCCCCACGGGAUCAAGAAGCACCAAACGCCUGGUGGGAGGAAAGAGUGCCAAGUCUUCAAGCUUCACCUGGGGGCAGUCUUCCCCAUAAGAACUCCUUUCACACCAACUCACCUUUUAUCCCCAAAAUAGAUACCAACUGUGUCAACCUUUCUCUUGUAAAGGGAGAAACUAACAGACUUGGGUGCCCAAAGAUUUCAAAAGCCACUCCUAAUUUAGCAUUUUUAGCCAAGAUCCUACAGCUAUCAAGACUUCCUAGCAGCAAUGGUUGUAGGUACUAUCAUUGGUAGCCAUUUCUCUUCUCUCUUGCUACAUUCCUAACACCACCUGCCAACAGUUCAUUCACUUCUCAGAUGUGUUGAUGCACAAUGGGAAAGCAUGGACCUCUGAACUGAAAGCAGCCCUUUGUGCAGCCUGUGGACUAUGGGGCUGCCUACCUACCUAUCAAGGAUCCCAGGGACUCUCCAGGCAAACAGAAAGGAAUUCAAUUUCGUUUUGAGUUGAGGUAACAGCUUACAAGAAAGUGUGCCUGGAUUUCAACAACAUUUCCCAGGUUAGAUGAUUUUAUUCCUCAAGGAGUUUUCAGCCACUUUGAGCAAGUAGUUUUCCUACUGCGUUCUCUGAAUGGAGCCAAUCCCUUUCUCUGAUAUUGUAUUUAUUAAGUAAAUGACUUCACCAUCAUAUGAGGUGGGUAGAAAUAAGACUCUACAUAACUUCAAAUUUCUGAGCUGGCUAUUAACUUGUGGAACAAAACCACUGGGUAGAGGGUUCAAGGGAAAUUUGAUGUGGUUUGUUGUCCCUCAAUCUAUUUGCUUUGAGCCUCUUGUAACUGUUAUAACUGGUUCUGAUUCUCUGGCUGUCACCAAUUUCUCCUUGAUUUUAACAGAAGUUGGCUUUGCUUCCUGUGAUUUAACUUAU